AUGUCACUAGACUUUGGCAAUGUGGCCCUGCAGACACAAAAUGAAGAUGAAGAAUUUGACAAAGAAGACUAUGAAAGGGAGAAAGAGUUGCAGCAGUUACUCACAGACCUGCCUCACGAUAUGCUGGAUGAUGACCUGUCUUCCCCCGAGCUUCACUAUUCGGACUGCAGCGAGGACGGCAGAGAGGAAGACACACAUCAUUCUGAGCAAUUGGAGAUGAACUGGACUGAGCAUCAAGUGCUGCCUAAACCUCCAAAUGUAAAUGCCUAUAAUGGGAUUCGGGAUAUAUGUAUUGGAGAGAAAAGUAGCAAUGGCUGGGAAGAGAAUCAAAGUAGAACUGAAGACCAGCAUCCUGUCUACCAUCCUGAAGGAGGUGGAGAUGAAGGUGGAAGUGGUUAUAGUCCUCCGAGUAAAUAUGAGCAGACUGAUUUAUAUCACCUUCCUGAAAACUUUAGGCCAUAUACCAACAGUCAGAAGCAGGAAUUUAAUAGCCAACCAACCAAUGUAAUUACAUUUUCAGAUACUCAAAGGAAUCAUUUUCAGCAAUUUGGUAUGUCCCAAGGUCCUAGUUGUCAAGCUUUGGAAUCAUAUAAAGUGACGUAUAAACCUUUUCAGUCUUCUGCCCAGAAUAAUGGCUCACCAGCCCAGGAUAUUACAGAAAGUGACACAUUUGAAGGUCUGCAACAGCAAUUUUUAGGAGCUAAUGAAAACUCUGCAGAAAAUAUGCAGAUUAUUCAACUUCAGGUUCUUAACAAAGCUAAAGAGAGACAACUGGACAAUUUAGUUGAAAAGUUAAACGAAAGUGAACGUCAAAUUAGAUAUCUGAAUCAUCAGCUUCUGAUAACCAAAGAUGAAAAGGAUGGUUUGGCCCUCAGCCUUCGAGAAUCACAGAAACUCUUUCAGAAUGGAAAAGAAAGAGAAAUACAGCUUGAAGCACAAAUAAAAGCACUGGAGACCCAAAUACAAGCAUUAAAAGUCAAUGAAGAACAGAUGAUUAAAAAGUCCAGAACUACUGAGAUGGCCCUGGACAGCCUGAAGCAGCAGCUGUUGGACUUGCAUCAUUCGGAAUCGCUUCAGCGCACGAGGGAGCAGCAUGAGAGCAUCGUGAUGGGCCUCACAAAGAAGUAUGAGGAGCAAGUGCUGUCCUUACAAAGGAAGUUGGAUGCUACCCUUACUGCACUGAAGGAGCAGGAAGAUAUCUGCUGUCAUUUGAAAGAUCAGGUUAAGCAACUGGAAAGGAAUCAAGAAGCAACCAGAUUAGAAAAGACUGAGAUCAUUAACAGAUUGACGAGAAGCCUGGAGGAGAGUCAGAAGCAGUGUGCCAACCUGCUGCACUCAGGCUCAGUACAGGAGGUGGCUCAACUCCAGCUCCAGCUGCAGCAAGCACAAAAGGCACACGCUAUGAGUGAAAACAUGAGCAAGGCUUUGCAAGAAGAAUUAAAAGAACUAAAAGAUGAAAUUUCUCUGUAUGAAUCUGCUGCAAAACUAGGAAUACUUCCAAGUGACUCAGAAGGAGAAUUAAAUAUAGAACUAACUGAAUCGUAUGUUGAUUUGGGUAUUAAGAAAGUCAACUGGAAAAAAUCCAAAGUUAAGAGCAUUGUACAACCAGAAGGCCCAGAUGAAGCGCUUUCUAAAGAGGAGGUCAUCUUGAAGCUGAAAGCAGAGGUGCAGCGUUUGCUGGAUAGCAACUCUGUGAAGCGUCAUCUGGUGUCUCAGUUACAAAGCGAGCUAAAAAACUCUCAUAAGAAAAUUGAAGAUCUCCAAGUGGAGAAGGAUGAAAAAAGCAUUGAGGUAGAAUUUACUAAAACAGACACCUCAGAAAAACCAACUAAUCAGAUACGGCCUGACUCUUCUGACAUGAUUGUCAAAGAUGAAAUACUGCAGCUUAAAAAUGAAAUUCAAGUUUUACAGCAACAAAAUCAGGAACUUAAAGAAACUGAAGAAAAACUGAGAAAUACAAAUCAAGACUUAUGCAAUCAAAUGAGACAAAUGGUACAAGAUUUUGACCGUGAUAAACAAGAAGCUGUUGAUAGGUGUGAGAGGACUUACCAGCAACACCACGAAGCCAUGAAAGCCCAGAUACGGGAAAGCCUGUUAGCAAAGCACGCUUUGGAGAAACAGCAACUCUUUGAGGUUUACGAGGCAACUCGCUUACAACUUAGGUCUGACUUAGAUAAGGUGAAUAAGGAGAUGGCGGCUGUGCAGGAAUGUUACCUGGAAGUGUGCCGAGAGAAAGAUAACCUAGAAGCGACUCUCAGGAAGAGCAUGGACAAAGAGCAACAGGCACAGGAGAAGAAGAUCAAACAAGAACUGAUUCAACAGCUUGAAAAGGAGUGGCAAUCUAAACUGGAUCAAACUAUAAAGGCACUGAAAAAGAAGACCUCAGAUUGUUGCAGCCAAACUGACCAAGAAACCACCAUUGAUGUUAUUUCCAAGAAAGAGAUGGCAAUCAUGAUAGAAGAAAAGAAGCAAAAGAUCCAGCAAAAUUUAGAGCAAGAGAAGGAAACAGCCAUCAAGGGGAACUUGAAGAAACUUGAGUUUGAACUGGAACUCAAAUAUUGUGAAAAUAUUGCCAAACAGGUAGAAGCAGCUGUGCAGAAUGCUCGUCAUCGGUGGCUGGAAGAACUGCCAGAGCUCGCAGAAUAUAAAGCACUUGUAAGAGCAGAACAGAAGAAGUGGGAGGAGCUGCAGGAGCAGUCAGUGGCCAAACGGAUAUUGUUUGCUGUUUCUGAAGCUAAAGAGAAAUGGAAAAGCGAGGUUGCAAAUAUGAAGAAAAAUGUCACACCUGGAAAGGAAAUGGAAGAGAAGAUUCAUUCUCUGCAGAGAGAGCUUGAGUUAAAGAAUGAGGAACUCCCCGUGGUUGUCAGGGCUGAGCUGGCAAAGGCCCGGAGUGAGUGGAACAAAGAAAAGCAAGAAGAAAUCCACAGAAUUCAAGAACAAAAUGAGCAAGAUUACCGGCAAUUUUUAGAUGACCAUAGAAAUAAAAUUAAUGAGGUGCUUGCUGCAGCUAAGGAAGACUUUUUGAAGCAAAAAGCUGAGCUACUUCUUCAGAAGGAGACAGAAUUACAGACGUGUCUAGACCAGAGCCGCAGAGAAUGGACUAUGCAGGAAACCAGGCGGAUCCAACUGGAAAUCCAUCAGCAUGAGGAAGACAUCCUAACUGUCUUGGAGUUUCUCUUAAAGGACACCCUGAAGGAGCAAGCCAGUGGUUCAGAGAGUAAGCCCCCUUUGGAACUCUUGUCGACUUGUUCUUCGAAAUGGAUGUCUGUGCAAUGUUUUGAAAAACUAAAGGCCUGCAUACAGAAAGCAUUUCAAGAUAUACUCUCCUUACUGAUAGAAACUAUCGACUCAGACUGGGGGAAGAGAAUUAUGACCAAGAUCUAUAAGGAUCCUGCCACGGGCAGAGGAGACCCCGGAGUCCAGGCGAUGCUUCCUGCGCCUACGUCUGGACACCAUGCUCUGCCUUUGGCGGCUGUACAAGAAGCAGAAGCUGAUAAGAAAAAGAUCCUUGAAAUUAAAGAUUCAUGCUGUGGACACUGCUUCCAAGAACUUGAAAAUGCAAAGCAGGAAUGUCAAGAUCUGAAAAGAAAACUGGAGAAAUGCUGUAGGCAUCUUCAGCAUUUAGAAAGGAAGCACAGAGCUGUAGUGGAAAAAAUUGGAGAAGAGAAUACUAAAGUCGUUGAAGAAUUAAUAGAAGAAAACAAUGACAUGAAGAAUAAAUUAGAAGAACUGAGAACACUUUGUAAAACACUACCACCGAGGUCACUGUCAGAAGGAGCUAUUGAAAAUGCCUGCCUGCCAUGCAACGAGGUGGCCUUGGAAGAACUUCGCGGGCAAUACAUUAAAGCUGUAAAAAAGAUUAAGCGUGAUAUGCUUCGUUAUAUUCAGGAGAGUAAGGAAAGAGCUGCAGAAAUGGUAAAAGCAGAGGUAUUGCGAGAACGUCAAGAAACCGCCCGAAAGAUGCGCAGAUAUUAUUUGAUUUGCCUCCAGCAGAUUUUGCAGGAUGAUGGGAAGGAGGAAGGGGCUGAAAAGAAGAUCAUCAGUGCUGCUAGCAAGCUUGCUAUGAUGGCAAAAUUGCUGGAAACACCUAUUUCUAAUAGAUCCCAGAGCAAAACUACACAGUCAGUAUUGCCUCUGACUUCAGAGAGGCUGGCUGGAGUUGAAAAAUUAAAAAGAAAUGAUGUGAAUCAGAAUAUACCAUGUCACACGGAAAGCAAAUCAAACAGUCUAAAAACUGUCCCCAGAAGUAUGUGCGACCAAAUUCCUAAGAGGAGGGCUGCCUGUAACCUGCGAAGGCAGUUAGAGGAUGAAGAGCAUGGGGACGGGAAGCCCAAGUGUCCCAGAGAGUCGCACCUGGACUUUCAGUUCAGGGGUAACCGUCACAAACAUGUAGACGUUUUGCCAAGGAGUGUUUCUCCUGAGUUUGUGCCUUGCGAAGAUGAAGGAAGCUUAGGUUUACACAAGAAGGAAGACCUCCUUGGUGAUCCUGGCUCCGAAUCACUCCAGCUCUCAAACGCACACCCAUUCCUUGGAACCUUCGGAAAUAAACCUUCAUCUAGAUAUAUCCCUGAUCUUUCUGAGUCUGAAUCCACACACAUUACUUUUCGAAGUCCUAAUGAAAGACUUGGUUUAAAAGUAUAUAAAUGUAAUCCACUAAUGGAAAGUGAAAACGCUGCAUCUGAGAAAAGUCCAAGUUUGGGUGUGAAGGAAAUUCCCGUAGAGGAUGGAGGGGACCUGAGUGAGCCUUCAGGCUGGCGUUCCAACACUGCCACUCUACCCUGUAGCAGUCAUGAAGUGUCAUUUUUGCAUGGUGGGCCGCAAGACACCCUGGAUUCGCUUGUUGAAUCUGUGAAUUUCAAACCGUUUUCAGCAGCCACCUGUCUUUCAGACUCAGAGGAAAACAUGAUUCAUCAGCCUACGAAAUGUCAGAGUGGUCAUGCUCCAGACCUGUCAGAAGAAAUCACAUAUUCCCAGCCAGGGAAGAGCAGCAUGACUCUUGGACACCCACCUCAUCAUAAAGCUGAUACAUUAAAGUCAGAAUUCAAAGAACUGAGCAGUAUAGUACCACCUGCCAUGUGUCCGCUGCCUUCGAGAAAAUUAAUUGCUCCUCUGUCUAGCCAGCAAGAUAGUGGCUUCGAUAGCCCAUUUGUCAAUCUAGACUAA